AAUGCUACUGAUGUGGUGUGCAGGGAGUUGCAGUGCAGCACGGCCCUGUCCGUGACUGAGGGAGCUCACUAUGGUGAAGAAGUUGGUCCCAUGUGGGACGGAGAGCUGCAGUGUGUGGGGAAUGAAUCCUUCCUCGCCUCCUGCCCCUGGGGAUCCCGCAGGGACCAGUUCUGCACCCACGCAAACAGCGCUGUUGUCUCCUGCACAGGUGCUGCGGAGGUGAGGCUGAUGGAUGGUGGAACACGCUGUGCUGGCAGAGUGGAAGUGAAACACCACGGCAAGUGGGGGACCGUGUGUGGUGACUACUGGGACAUGCACGAUGUUGCAGUGGUUUGUAAGCAGCUGGGCUGUGGCUCUGCUGUUAGCGCUCUUCAGUACGGACACUUUGGGCCAGGAUCUGGUCCCAUUUGGAUGGAUGAUGUUGGCUGUAAUGGAACCGAGUCUGCCCUGUCUGACUGCACACACGGAGGAUGGGGUGAACAUGACUGUGAUCAUAAUUUGGAUGCUGGAGUGAUCUGUUCAGGAUUUGUCCGACUGGUGGAAGGGAAGAGCCGCUGCUCAGGACAUGUGGAGAUCCGUGAUGGGGACCAGUGGAAAACUGUCUGUGACACACGCUUUGGUCCCAAAGCUGCUGACGUGAUCUGCAGGGAGUUGCAGUGUGGCACAGCCCUGUCCAUGACUGGGGGAGCUCACUAUGAGGAAGUUGGUCCCAUGUGGGACGGAGAGCUGCAGUGUGUGGGGAAUGAAUCCCUCCUCACCUCCUGCCCCAGGGGAUACCCCAGGAACCAGUCCUGCACACACACAAGCGGUGUUGUUGUCACCUGCACAGAGUACACAGGGUUCAGGCUGGUGAACGGCAGCACAAUGUGUGCGGGGAGGGUGGAAGUCCAAGUGCUGGGGACCUGGGGGACCCUCUGUGCCUCCCGCUGGGAUCUCUCGGAUGCCCACGUUCUCUGCCAUCAACUCAACUGUGGGUUUGCUGAGUCCAUUCCCAGAGGAGAGCAUUUUGGGAAAGAGACUGGCCCUGUCUGGAGAGACUCAUUCCACUGUGAUGGGACUGAAGCCCAGCUGGGACAGUGCCCUGUGACCGUCCUGGGGUCCUCACCGUGCUCCCAAGGCAACACUGCUGCUGUCAUUUGCUCAGGGUUUGCAUCCCUGCGACUGGUGGGUGGAGGAACCCGGUGCGAUGGGCGAGUGGAGAUCUUCCAGCACGGGAUGUGGGGCAGAGUCCUGGAUGACCAGUGGGACAUGCAGGAGGCCAGUGUGGUGUGUCGGCAGCUGCAGUGUGGAGAUGCAUGGAGAGCCUACAACCCCCCAAAGCGUGAGCGAGGAACAGGCCCCGUGGGGCUGCGAGGGCUCCGGUGCACAGGGCACGAGCCCAACCUGACCUUCUGCAACACCUCCCUGCCUGAGAGUGCACUGGCUGCAGGGGUUGUAGAGGACGUGGGUGUCAUUUGCUGGGGGAGCCAGUGGGUCCGGCUGGUGAACGGGGCCAGGCGCUGCGCCGGCAGAGUGGAGAUCUACCACCAGGGCAUCUGGGGGACCAUCUGCGAUGAUGGCUGGGACCCGUCCGGUGCCACCGUGGGCUGUGGAGCAGCAGUGGAGGUGGUUGGCUCAGCUCGUUUUGGGGAAGGUACUGGGCAGAUCUGGCUGGACAACGUGAACUGCUCUGGGGCUGAAGCUGCUCUCUGGGACUGCCCAGCUGGGGCCUGGGGGCAGCAUGACUGCGGGCACAAAGAGGACGCAGGAGUCAUCUGCUCAGAGUUCGUGGCCCUGAGGUUGGAGAACAGCAACAACUGCUCUGGGCACCUACAGGUUUUCUACAGUGGGACGUGGGGGAGCGUUUGCUCCAAUUCGAUGACUCUCAAAACGGUGUCACUGGUGUGCAAGGAGCUGGGCUGUGGGGACGGAGGGUCCCUGGAAACACAGCGGCUCUAUGGCAGAAUUUCUGGCACUACUUGGCUGGAUCAUGUGGAGUGUGGGGAGAAAAACAGCUCCUUCUGGCAGUGUCCCUCUGCUCCCUGGGACCCACAGUCGUGUGAUGACCUUCGAGACGAGACCCACAUCACCUGCAAUGAUAGGGAGAAGAUUCGCGCCAUGGGAGGCGAGGACGGGUGCUCGGGCAGAGUGGAGAUCUGGCACCGUGGCUCCUGGGGGACGGUGUGCGACGACUCCUGGGACAUGCGGGAUGCAGAGGUGGCGUGCAGGCAGCUGGGCUGUGGCCCCGCGGUGUCUGCCCUGGACCAGGCUGCAUUUGGGGAGGGGACGGGCCCCAUCUGGCUGGAGCAGGUGGAGUGCCAGGGGACAGAGCUGUCUCUGCAGGACUGCUGGGCCCGGCCUGGGGAUGGCGGUGCUUGCCGGCAUAAGGAAGAUGCUGCUGUCCGCUGCUCAGAGCUGCCUCUGCCUCCAGGCUCCAGAAUGGCUCAAGAGCUCUUCCCCGAGGCCCUGUACGAGGAGAUCAGUUACAACCUAGCAUGGGAGAAGCAGGCAAGGUUUGCUCACUCAGGCUCCAAUUCAGAGGAGUCCCUGACAAAGCUGCAGCCUUAUCCUGUGGUCAGCAAGGAGGGGGAUGAUCUGGGAUCAGCACCAGAUAUUCUUGUCCUGCCUGCAGGUGAUCCAGGAGAUGGCUAUGAUGAUGCCAGGGAGGUUUCUGAUCCUGAGGAGGAUGCUGGCUCCGUCCAGAGAGGGUGGAAAAUGCCAGGGACACCAGAGGAGGGAGCAGGGCCCAGGGAUGUGCCUCGAG